AUGGAAGCCAUCCAGACUCACCCUUCCAAUGCUGCCCAGGCAAAGGCGUUCACGGCUCCCGGUUCGCUCUCGUUUCCCGGCGCGGCGGGGGCACUCACACCUCCAUCUACCGCGCAAAGCGCAAAUGGAUCGGUCCACGGUGGGCAGCUGGGCAACCAAGGCAUGAACGCGAAUGGGGUGACUCCCGCUACGCCAGCUGCCACCCCGGCUGCAGCCCCUGGCCCCAGUGGGCUUACUCCCACGCUCCAGAAUAUCGUUGCCACGGUCAAUCUUGAUUGCCGCUUGGACUUGAAGACGAUUGCACUGCAUGCGAGAAAUGCCGAGUACAACCCGAAGCGUUUCGCGGCUGUAAUCAUGCGGAUUCGCGAGCCGAAGACGACUGCUCUUAUCUUCGCAAGUGGAAAGAUGGUUGUCACGGGCGCGAAAUCGGAGGACGACUCGAAGCUUGCGUCGCGGAAAUAUGCGCGUAUCAUCCAAAAGCUUGGUUUCAACGCCAAGUUUACCGAUUUCAAAAUACAGAACAUCGUUGGAUCUUGCGAUAUCAAGUUCCCCAUUCGUCUUGAGGGCUUGGCGUCCAAGCAUCAUAACUUCAGCUCUUAUGAGCCUGAGCUGUUCCCGGGUCUGAUCUAUCGCAUGAUCAAGCCGAAGAUCGUGCUUCUCAUUUUCGUCAGCGGCAAGAUCGUACUCACUGGCGCCAAAGUCCGUGAAGAGAUCUACCAGGCUUUCGAGAUGAUCUAUCCUGUGCUGCAAGAUUUCCGGAAGAUUUAA